AAUAUAAUAUAACAUUAUAUACGUUCUGUCAAACUAAUUCAAAACUAAUAGUAGAAGUUGCACAAAAUGUUUUGCAAGUCCAUGUUUGAUAAACACUCGUAUUCACGAUAUUUAUUACUGUAUAAAUAUUUAUCGGCGUAUGAAAAAAGUUACAGGUUGGACUCAAACAAUAUAUUGUCAAAUUUAAAUAGGAUAAUGACUAGGAAUUUAGCAUUGACUAAGGUGUCAGAAAAUCAUAGCGGUUUAUCAAAUAAUAUCAUAAAAUGCUGGAAAUGGAAUGUAAAUAAAAUACUUAAUGUACAGGAAAAUAAGAAAUAUGCAAUAUUAAUACUGAAUUGUAGAAUAACACAGAAGAAAGACAUCAUUAAACAAUUUUGGAAUGAAGCAUCAUUGAGAAUAACUGUUGAUGGUGGAACCUCACAUUGGGAUAAGUUUUUGAAUCAUUUAUCACACGAUGAACAAAAAUCAAUGAAAUGCCCCGAUCUUGUGACUGGAGACUUUGAUUCUAUAAGUGAAGAGAUGUUGCAGAAAUAUAAAGACAAACAUUGUAAGGUAAAUAAGAUAAUAAGCACACCUGAUCAGGAUUUCACAGAUUUUACAAAGGCUAUCAUAGAAUUGAAUAAUUACUGUGAAGAGAAUAAAGUACAGAUGGACUAUGCCCUUGUGAUGGCUCAGAAUUCAGGUCGCCUUGAUCAAAUACUGGGAAACAUUCAAACACUGCAUCUUAUUAAGGAAAACAGGUUACUGCAUCCGCAGACUAGAGUGUACAUGUUGUCAGAUGACUCUAUAUCCUGGCUUCUACAUCCCGGAGACCACAUCAUAGAAAUUCCGCUUGCAAGUAGGAAUGGCAAUGCAUGGUGUUCGCUAAUACCAGUAGGAGAGCCAUGUAUAAGUGUCACAACCAGUGGACUUAAAUGGAACUUAGAUAAUCAAAAAUUGAAUUUUGGUGGUCUUAUAAGCACAUCGAACACAUUCGACGGAUCCGACCAGGUUAAAGUUAAAUGUAGUCACACGUUGUUGUGGUCUAUGGAAAUACCAACUCUGAUGUAGAUUAUGUAAAUAGAGUAUAUACAAUUUUUUUAAGAAUUUAUAGUUUAGUUUUAGUCAUAUAAUGAUUGAAAAAUUAAUUCUUACAUUUUAAUUCAUAACGCUAUUAAAAAGUCGCUAAAAGACAUUUUUUCCCGCUCUUUUGUAAAAGUGACAACUGUGUAGUUUAAAAAAUACUGUCAAAUAUUUUUUUGUAACACAUAAAAAAAAAUAUUAAUAGAAUUUUCUUCACGUCUUGUCGGGAAAGCAUUACUAUUUGCUAUUGUAUUACGGGUUAAAGUUAAUUUCACUGAAGUGUUAAAUACAUUGUUCCUAUAUUUCAACUUUUCAACUCAACGUUUUUGUGAUUGACUAGUUUGAUUUGGUUUAAAGUGUAGUAAUAAGAACAGUCGGCUAUAAAUCUAUUAAUGGGUACUUUAUUUGCUCGGCGAAUGGCAUUUCGAAUUUAUAACUAACUAUUUGCUACAAUUGCCAGUUUUAACGUCAAUAGUGAACAGCAUGCCUAUCAUGAGUUUACAUCGUCUACUUACGGAGCGUUACAAGUUUUUCAAUAGUUAAUAUUUUCACGUACUAUGAACCUGUGUAAAUAUUUAAUUUAUAGUGAAACCGGCUAAGCUACAUGCAGGCUUGUGCCAAGCAUGCAGACCUCAUUAGGGUUGUUACAUAUGCAGAACGAAGUAAAUAUAUUAUAUAAUAAAUAUGACACCAGUUACAAUAUUAUUGAUAUUAGUUUCUUAAUAUGAGAAGGAUUUUUAUUGACAGUGAGUAUUGAAUUUAUAAAUACUAGAAACAUGACAACCCUAUAAAUAAGCAUUAUUUACAAAAAUAUCAGAAUAAAACAAUGCUCUGUGUUAGUGAUAUUUUAUUACUUGUAACUGAUUUAUACUGUAAUUGUUUUAUUUGUUCUUUCAAAUGUUAUAUUGUACAAUGAGCAAUAUCAUAAAAUCUAAAGGUUUAAUAGAAAGAAUAAAAUGUUUCUUGCCAAUGAUUUAGAUUUAUGAAUUAUGUGGUUAUAUUGAUAAAAGAAUAAAUUUUCCACUACACUAGAAUUGUAUAAGAUUAUUCCUAUGAUGUUAAAGAAAUUAUAAAACUGUA